AUGACAACUCGGAGCCAAGCUGAAAUUGAAAAGACAUUGAAAGAUCAUACAACUUCAUUACUGAAAUUUGAUGCUUUCAUGGAGAAAACAGAGAAUACCUUUUCAGAUAUCAAGAAAUUGCUGGAAAAGUUGGCUAACCACAGCAAUACAGAUGAUACGGGAACUUCAACCAAUCAAGAAUUGAUCAACAGAUCCACAGAUAGGCUGUUCAGGUUGGGAAAGAUAGAAUUUCCCAAGUAUAAUGGGUCGGCGGAUGUAGAAGAAUGGGUGUGUAAAUGUGAACAUUUCUUCGAUGUGGAUGAUACCCCAGAAGCUUACAAGGUCCGUUAUGCAGUCAUCAAUUUGGAAGGUAAGGCUAUGAAAUGGCAUAAUAACUUUGUUAAGAAUAGGCCCCUUGCUAGUAUUCCUUGGGCAGAAUAUUCUAGAACUAUAAUAGACAGAUUUUCUACUCAAUUGUUUAAAGAUGCUAUGGGUUUGUUGUCAUCUACCAUUCAAACUGGGGAUUUAGAAACAUACUGUGAUGAGUUCGAUGAAAAUCUGUUAAGGGUUACAAUUGCAGAAGAAUAUGCAAUUAGUCUCUUCAUUAAGGGUCUUAAACCGGAGUUAGGAGGUCCAGUUAGUAUGUUUGACCCUAAAACUAUGAAAGAAGCUUAUAUGUUGGCCAAGAAACAAAAAGUGGCUAAUGAUAGAGUCAAGAAUCAGUACAAAACCCCAUUCAACUCUAAACCUACCCCAUCAACUUUUGUGGCCAACCCUAAACCUUUGUCAAGUUUGAAACCACCUGUUAAUACUUCCCAUUUACCCUUAUUACCUAACCCACCAGCAAACCAAAAGUUUAAUACCAAAAGGCUCACUAGUAAAGAAAUAGAAACCAAAAGAGCUAAGGGGGAAUGUUUUUGGUGCAAUGAUAAAUUCACCCCUGCUCAUAAAUGUCCCAAUAAACAAUUGUAUGUGUUGGAAGUUUGGAGUGGGGAAGAUGAUAAUCAACAGGAGAACGAAGAAGGGGAACCAUUAGUUGACAUUAUGGGCCAAGACUCGGUCAUAGAUACCACAUUAAGUGACCCACUUAUUUCUAUACAUGCUUUGACCGGGAUUCCCUCAUUCUCUACUAUGCAAGUGGUAGGAAAUUUGGGCACCAAACCAUUACAAAUUUUGAUUGAUUCUGGCUCUACUCACAACUUUAUAGAUGAAAAAUUGGCUAAGAAGUUAAAAUGUUCCUUGCAAAGUAUUGAAGGCAUGAAAGUUGGGGUAGCCAAUGGGUCACAGUUAAUGUGUGGACAGAUGUGCUCUGGGUUCCAAUGGCAGAUGCAGGGGUUGUGGAUGAAAGCAGACGUGUUAGUACUACCCUUAGCAAACUAUGACAUGGUUUUGGGGGUUCAAUGGUUGUCACCAUUGGGAGAUAUAGUCUGGAACUUUCAGGAUAUGACCAUGCAGUUUAAAGUGAAUGAGAAGGUGUAUCAAUUGAAGGGCAGCAACACUAAUAAAGUUUCAUUAUGUUCCACUGAAUUAAUGGAUCACCUAUUGGGUUUUCAAGGAAGUCAAAUUGUGCAGUCCCAAUUGUUUAGUUUACAACAAGAAGGGAAGCCUGAUCAGUUCCAACAUAGAUCGGUGGUUACCAAAAGUGAGGAGUAUCCAGCUAUUAAAGCAUUGAUUGAGGAAUUUCAGGAUGUCUUUGCAAUUCCUACUACUUUGCCACCUGCUAGGCCGUUUGAUCAUAAGAUAAGGUUGAAGGAUGAGUCAUUGGUCAUUGAUCAGAAACCUUAUAGAUAUCAGGCUGCACAGAAGGACAUAAUUGAGAAGAUGACUAAAGAACUGUUGGAUACUGGAGUAAUUCAGGGUAGUCUAGUCCAUUUGCAGCCCCAGUUGUGUUGGUGA